GGAGGAGUCUGUUUGUUGACAUCGGACGAAAACGACCAUCAGAUGAGUGAAUCCUGGUGAUAAUAUCUGCAUUUCUCUCCGUCAUCCAGACACCCAGCCUCGGCGAGAGCUCAGGCGUCUGAGGUCCCCCUGCUCUGCCCUGUCUGUGAUCUGAGCCAGAGAAGAAGAGGCAAACAUGGCAGCCAAAGCAGGAGACAACCCCGACAGCCUCAUGACUCUGGCCACGGUGUUCUGCCUGAGGAACCUCAGAAAGACCAUGUGCUACCAGGGCUUCAGGAACAAACUUUGCCUGCGAUCGGACAUCUUCCUCCCCAGUGAGAUCUGCGACAAACUGGUCAACACAUAUAUGGAGCUGGUCCACACAGACAGUAACUUUGAACCAGAGGAGAGUUUCUUCCAGCUGUUCUCAGACCCUCGCAGCACCAGGCUGACCCGGGUUCAGCUCCGAGAAGACUUGGUACACGACAGAGAUCUGGAGGCCAUCAGAAAACAGGACCUGAUCGAGCUCCACCUCACCUACUGCAACAGCCUGUCGUCUCGCAGUCUAAAAACUCUGACCUGCUUCAGGGAGACUUUGGUGUCUCUUUGUCUCUUCGGCUGCAGUCACAUCUUCUACAGGAAGGGUGGCGCUCCGCUCGCCUGUAACGAGGACACGGACGAGGAGGAGGACGAGACCCCGGCGUCUCGACAGGCUUUAGAAACAGACUUUAACUUCCAGGGCUUUAACCGCCUCAGGCUGUUAAACUUAGGAGGUCUGCCGGACGAGGUGGACGCAGAGACCCUCCUCAAACCCCUGAAGUCCCUCACCUCUCUAGAUCUUUCUAAUGUUCAGCUGCUCGGGUCGACUUUUCUCACACAGUGGAAAGAAAGACUGGCAUCACUUGUUCUCUACAACGUGGACCUGUCAGAGGAGCUGAUCAGCACGGUGGUGGAGAUCAAUAAUCUCAGGCAUCUUGACAUUUCGAGGGAGAGCCGGCGGAGCUCAAAGUUUAAGAUGACCAGAAAAAUCCUGACGGCCAUCGUGCAGCGGCUGGUCAACCUGGUGUCUCUGGACAUCUCAGGUCACACCAUGCUGGACAACUGCACGGUCCCACACUUUGAGGAAGCUAUGGGCCGGCCCAGCAUCGAGCCGUGUAAGAGCAGCAUCUAUCCUUUCCAGGAGCUGAAGAGGCCGCUGCAGUUCCUGGGUUUAUACGACACCACCCUCUGUAAUGUGACGCACAUACCUGCUUAUAAGGUGACUGGCUCCAAAAACGAGGACCAGGUUUUGAAUGCGAUCGAAGCAUACACAGAGUUUCGGCCUGAGCUCGCCCACAGAGCCAUCAAUCAGCUGUUUGACAUCGCCAGGAUACAACACUGCAGCCAGCUGCUCCGAGCUCUGCAGCUGGUCAUCGCCGCUCUGAAGUGUCACAAAUACGAUAAGAGCAUCCAGGUGACGGGGAGCGCGGCUCUGUUCUACCUGACCAACACGGAGUACCGCAGCGAUCAGAGCGUGCGUCUGCGCAGAGAGGUGAUUCAGGUGGUGCUGAACGGGAUGGAGCAGUACCAGGAGGUCACGGUCCAGAGGAACUGCUGCCUGACUCUGUGUAACUUUAGCAUCCCUGAGGAGCUGGAGUUUCAGUACAGUCGAGUGAACCAGCUGCUGCUGAAGAUCCUGGAGCCGGCCCGACAGGACGAGUCCAUCCAGAGGAUCGCUGUGCACCUCUGCAACGCCCUGGUCUGUCAGGUUGACAACCAUCACAAGGAGGCCGUGGGGAAGAUGGGAUUCGUCAAGACAAUGUUGAAUUUAAUUCAGAAGAAGCUGCAGGACAGGAUGUGUGAUCAGGUGAUGGAGUUCUCUUGGAGCGCUCUGUGGAACAUCACAGACGAGACGCCUGACAACUGUCAGAUGUUCCUGAACUGUCGGGGGAUGAGCCUCUUUCUGGAGUGUCUACAGGAGUUUCCAGACAAGCAGGAGCUCCACCGAAACAUGCUGGGGCUGCUGGGAAAUGUUGCUGAGGUUAAAGCGCUGAGGCCACAGCUGCUCACGCCUCAGUUCAUCACCGUGUUCAGUAACCUGCUGGACAGUAAGGCAGACGGGAUCGAGGUGUCGUACAAUGCGUGCGGCGUUCUGUCACACAUCAUGUUUGACGGUCCUGAAGUUUGGUCGAUGGAAGAGCCGAGAAGAGAUGCUGUGAUGGACAAGAUGUGGGACGCCAUCCAGAGCUGGGACGUCAGCUCGCGACGCAACAUCAACUACAGGUCAUUUGAGCCGAUCCUGCGGCUGCUGCCUCAGAGCAUCUCGCCUGUCAGUCAGCACUGGGCCACAUGGGCUCUGUACAACCUGGUGUCAGUUUACCCGAGUAAGUAUUGUCCCCUGCUGAUCAAAGAAGGAGGAAUCAGUCUUCUAGAGAAAGUUCUGGAACUGGAGAGCUCACAACCAGAGACCAAGGACAUGGCCAGCAAAGUGAUGGAGCAGUGUGAAAACUUCAAAGAGGACCCGAUGGAAACAAAUCACGGCCAGGAGGUAAACUACGGGCAGAGAGGCUGACCAAUGAGGAGCCACGAUUCUCUGCAAACAUGAAGCAAACCAAGCUAAGGCCCCUCCCACUGUCAUCACCACAAGAAGGGUCAAUCGUGUGCAUUAUUCUUCCUCCUAUCAUUCUCUUUCUUUAGAGCAGGAACGUGUUUCUGAGCCUCUUCACAGAUCUUUAAUAUAUGACACAUAGGACUUAAGAAGUGGUGCAUGGUGUUUGUUUGUGAGGGGGGGCUGCACAUCCAGCGUCUCUUCUGUGGGAUGGGUCUGUGGGGGUGGGUGACUGUUAUCUCAGUGUGUGUGCGUGCGUGUGUGUGACAAAGAUUUAACGACAGAACAAAACAGUCGGAGUGGCACUCGCCUCCGCUAGCUGUGUAACGUUGAACAAAAGGCGGCGUGGCGCCCGUCACGCGUCUCGCUGGCUCGUGCCGGGGGAGCCGCUCACAUGUACAGUGAAUAUUAGCCAUGUGUGUGUGUAGGCUGCAGAGAAGCAUCACACUGACGUUAGACGGGAGGAGAGUCUUCCCAGACGUGGAGGCACAACGAUGGACGUGUGUUAAAUAUGUAAAUAUUCUCAUCCUUUUCCUGUCUGUCUGUUUUAUAAUAUAACUGUAAACAUGACGUUACUCUGUAUUUAAAGCUGUUAGAACGGACCGGCCCACGCUCAGCAAUAGGAAACUUUACACAGGAGAACACCUAUCACUCAGACGCAGUCUGGCAAUCCUGGACGCUCACUUUGGUUUAGUUCAUGCUUCUGAUUUUGGAUUAUCUGGCAUUUAACUGGAACCAGGAGCGAGCUUCUACACUGAUCCGUUUGGGGAAACUCUGAUGCUUAAAGAGCUUUUCUUCACCCAGAAUAAAGAUAAACAAUUAAGGAAAAUAAUUCAAUAGCGAUUUUUUUCCCCUGAUAUUGCAAUUGUGAUCAUUCCUUCAGUUCCCAACAAACAAAAACAAUAAAUCACUCUAGAUUACAACCAACAGUAGGUUAAAGGUCACAUAUUAUGCAAAAUCCACUUUUCAGGCUUUUCUAACAAAAAUAUGUGCCCCUGUCCACAAAAUGUGUGCUGAAACAAGCCGUUCUCAGAUUUUCCCCUCAUGAUGUCAUGUGGGGAGUUAGCCCCGCCCCUAGGUUUGGUUUGCACUUCCCGCUAGGAAGAAAGUUCCACCCUCCUCUCCUGAUCAGGAGAGCCACAUCCAUUUCCUGAGAGGGGCGGAGUCAGACAGCUCAAUAACAUUUAAAGCCACAGACACAGAAACAGCUGGGUCUGAGCAGGGCUGAAGCAGAGGGGGUUUUAGACAUGCAGAAAUCAAUACUGGAGUGUUUUUCAGCAACAAACUGGUUAUGAAUUAUUGUGUUGAGGGGAGUGAUCAUUUUUAUGUCAUCAUAUUUAAUCAGAAAAAUGAACAAAAAUAAAGAAAGGAGCAUUUUUGUUUGACUAUUCUAAAACAAAAAGGCACUUGAUCGAUUUUGACACAAACUUCAGGUUAAAGAAAUAUUUCAACUUCUGUACUUUGAAAAUCUAAUUUUUGAUUAAUUGCCCAGCCCUAACCCAGAAUAGUAUGGAAGCCCAUUACUGCCAGCUACCAAAAGAAACAAAAUAUGACAUUUGGUGAUUAUUAAAGAUGAAAAAAUUAAGUUGAAAUUAUGAGAUGGCAGUAGUAUAGAAUCCCCACAUUAAACCUUUAAGGUCUGAAGUGAUUCUAAAAACACAGAGAACCGUGUCAUGAGGACAGCAUCAUUAUCCCUCUAGACAAGUGGUCCUCAACUGGUCUGGCCAUGGGACCCACAACCAGCGCCAUAGUUUAAAUUGGCAUCCCAGUUUCCUCUACAUUCUUCAGCUACCUAAACCAGUUUAAUGUGGCAGUUUGGACCCUAAAAGGACAAAAACAUGAACGAACAAAUAUACUGGCCCAAACUCUGGGAGGACAUGCAUGCUGAUGUUCUAUUUCUCUCUCUUUCGCCAUUUAAAUAAAAAAAAAAAAAGUUCAGUUCAUAAUGGUGUGCAGUGGUUGAAAUCCCUGUCAUCAGCAUCUAUGAAGUUUUAAAGUCUUCUUUCACCAGCACAGCUCUCAUCCUGACUGAAACCAACUGUUUGGGCUCCAUUUGUCUGCAUCUUUGUGUCUAAAUCAGACUGUUUUUAUUCACCCCUAUUAUUGAAUCUGUAUUCAGGUUUGUUGUAUGACAGGUCACUGUUAUGAACCUCCAGGUCAAAUUUCAGUCAAACAAAACAUCUCUAAGUUUGUGAAAUUAAGCUUCAAAAUCAUGAAAAAUGAGGCUGUAAAAUCUGCUCCAGGAUGGUGUGGGUGUGUCUGAUGAAUGAGCUGAAGCCACGCUUUCACAUCAAAUGUCCCUCUAACACAAGAAAGGCAGCACGAAUGCUUAUAAUUUUACUAUUUUACACCAUUUUAAAUAUCAUUUUAUGAGCAGUUAGUUUGAGUUAAGUUUCCAUCUACUUAGACCUGCAGGAUUUAAUUAAUUUAUUUUUUUAACCAAACGUGGAGCUGUUGUUCUGGACUGAAGUGAAUGCUGUGCAAACGUGGCCUCAGUUACUUUCUGUGUUGGCUGGAGGAGCCUCUGAGGGAUUGACCCAUAAAUAUAUGAACAAAUAACAGUGAUUCCUUUAUUCUAUCAGUAUGGAGAGGUAUGGAGACCAGGCGGUUAAAAAGAAGAUUUUUAAGUUGCAUUUUUAAGGUUAGAGAAUAUUUAAGUUUUAGAGCAGGAUUUAAGAUAAAACAGCCCGGGAGAUUUGCUUAGCUCUUAGCAGCAUGCCACAUUUGAACCUAUCAGUCCAGUCCUGACUCAAUCUUCAACUUUUUCCCUCCAUGCUCCUAGAGAGUGUGAUUUUCCUCCCUGAGAACCAAAAACAGAUCUGUUCCCUCCAUGUGUUCUUCACCAGUAAGAGAAAAUACUAAUACUAAUACAGCCGUGUGUUAUUCUGACCAAAAUAUGUGUUUUAUUUUUGGUCAUUUGAAAGUCCGGCCCUAGAGCAUCUGCCCUUGUACAAAUAAAGUCGAUGACCCCUGAUGAACGUGGUUGCCCCUGCUGUCUGGACCAGCCCACCGGGUUCCGGGCACCCAGUCUGCGUUGAGCUGGAUCAUGCCCUGGAAAGCGCCGGAAGCCUGUAAAAGAGCCGCUGCUGUUCCUCUCUCAGGCAGCUGACAUACAAACGUGCAUCCUGCAUCGAGUUAGUCCAGUGACUUACGGAAAGUUUUAUUUGGAGAUGCAUGAUGUUGGAUUGUUGCUGAUAUCCUGAUAUUUACACAUUAAUUUCAGCAGAUAUCUGACAUCAGUAUUUAAACGAAGUUCAGACCUUAAACUUCAGACUUUAGAGCAGGAGAGCUCCUGUCUGUGAGAACCUGAGAGAGCCGGCGUGUUAAACCAACUAAAUAAAAGACACACUUCUGUCUGAAUAAUUGUAUUUUCUUUGAAAUGUUCCUUAUUUUUAGCCUUUAGCAGUGAACUCAGCCCCUAUUGGAACACUUAAAUACCACAGCCAGCCACAAGGGGGCGAGUGAGAUAUUUGAGCCACAUAUUUCUGGGGCUGCUGUGUCGUUUGAUGUGAAAAUGCUGCGUACUCAUUGGUGAAAAACACAAAGUUUUAAUUCUCAGGCAGUGAAAGAUAAACUCUCAACCCCCCGAACUGUUAAAUUCAUGCAGAAAUUGAUCAAGAAUGGACUUACGUGUUAGUUUUUCAUCUUAUUUGCUAAUAAUAGUUGGAUUUUUGUAAAACUGAUCAAACAUUAAGUCAGUCUUUAAAAAAUGUUGAAUCUCACUUAUUUUUGGAGUUACUUACAGUGCUUAACAAAUUUACUGGACCACCACCCAAAAUAAGGUUUAUGCCACAGCUGCAUCAUGAAGUGCUUUAAUGUGGACUCUUUCAUUUUCAGUCAGCUCUCCACAUUUUACC